ACGGAGAAGGAAUGUUAGUUGGUCCAGUCCUUCACAUAUCAUCUUCUCACAAUGUUGAACUUUUGGAACCAGCAAAAAUCACGAUCCCUCUUACAUUUUUUCAAGGUAGGGUGGAUUUGGCAAACCUAUCUUGUGGUCAGUGGAGGAUAUUGCACUAUUCAAGAGAAAAAUCACAAGAAUGGACUGAAAGUACGGAUCAGUUAGUGAUGACGCCAGUUCUUGCAGAUGGAAUAGUGACAUUUCAAGUCAAACAUUUCUGUCGGAUUUGGCUCUGGUGGCUAAACAUUAAGAAGUUCUUUAGCCCCCCACGGCAACUUGCUUGUGACUUAAACAAAAGAGCCAUGGGACAACAAGCAGAAUUUUUAGCUUGCUUGUGUGACAAUAAGAUGCCAUCCAACUAUGUACUGGCUCUAAGCUGUCAUCCAAGUUACUUGAAAUAUCAAGUGAAUAGCCAUAUAUCGUCAACAUAUUUUGUGAUUUUCCAAGGAGAAGGAUCCUCAGAGGAGCCGCUUUGUAACAACGAUAAGGCGUUCGUGUCCUUUUCUGAGGCAUUUUCGCUUGAGCAAAGUGAAAACACAAAAGACCACUACUUGCGGUAGGUGUCUGUUAUUACCUAUGUUUUAUCAUUUAAGGUUGGUAGGUUAAAGUACUUCUCGAAUUAUGUUGCAUCCAUGCAUCCGUCCACGUUGGCUUACCCUAUCCUAACGGACUCAACAACACACACUUUGUUACCAAAAUAGAAAAACUCUUAGUUACCAGAAAAAGAUAAUUGAAACAGAAAAUUAAAGCAGGUGAAUUAACCCAGAAUAUCUCGAAAGCUAAUCGAGCUUCGAACUGAACAAUAAAGGAAAGACAUAUUUUUCCAGUCAAGUGUAUGCUUCUGUCACUGACUGACGAUGCUUCUCCUCUAGCAAGUAAAUUUUGUUGUUAGAGA